AUGGCGAAGUAUGACCGUACCGACGUGGCGGGGCUUCUCCAAAAACUCGGGGACUUGUUGGCCUUCCUAUCCAUGGCCGUGCUGUACAUAUCUAUGUCCAAAUUUCGAAGAAAUUACGAGGCGUUGCUGGAUCGAGCCUUGCCAACUAUGGCGAGUCUUGAAGAAAAGGCAACUCCUAGCUUUGCCAAGGAAGUAAAUCGGUCGCUGAACGGAGCACGAGUGCAGUUUACUUGCACUCUUGUGUUGCAAACGUGCGGCAUCUGUGGCGUGUUGAUUAUUCCAUUCGCUACUGGGGACACGUUUUUCGAGUUUUGGCCACCAGCAAAAGACCAUGGGUUGUUCCUUGCAAAGUAUGCCCUGCAAGUGUACGCUUUUCUUCCAUGCAUGCUUUGCAUCAUUAUGUAUCAAAACGCCCAUGCAGUGUCCAUAGCGGCACUUGAGGCGAUGUUCCGGCACCUCGCUAACUUCAUAGGAAUGAUUGGGCCGGACCUCCCUGCACAUCUGUCAGUCGCCAAAUUGACUCGGCUCCACAGCCAGGUACUCCUACUGGCCGCGGACCUAAAUAGAAUAUUCAGCUACUACCUCCUGACUGCCUUCUGGGCGGGAAGUGCGAUAGCCAUGGCGAGCGCCUUGCGGCUUCUUGUCAGUGGAGUGGACACACGGGGUGCCAUCACCAUCGUCGUUGUCCCAGUGGGCUAUUUCUGGGUCUGCCAUUUGGGGGAGAGGCUGGCCAAAGCAAGUGAAUCAAUCUCCGAAGCCGCCUACUUCGGCGACUGGCUGAGCCUCUCAGUGCCUGAAAGGAAGAUGAUUCUGUUUCAAAUGCAGCGCGCUCAUCGACCAGAGACCGUUGUCGUUCCUUUCGUUGGUGCCAUGACCCUGGCCUUCUUCAUGACAACCGUGAACUUCUGGUACAAUAACGUCGCCGUGCUGCGGAAGAUCAUCAGAAGCUAGCCGUCAAAAUGAUGCCGCUGAACGAUAGUUAACACGUAG